AUGCAUAACACCAACGUCCCCAUUGCAAGGGUUAACACCACCCAGGCUUGCGCUGCUUGUAAGUACCAACGCAGGAAGUGCGCUCCUGACUGCAUUCUGGCCCCUUAUUUUCCUCAUGAUCGCCAAAGACAAUUCCUCAAUGCCCAUAAAUUAUUUGGAGUUAGCAACAUCACCAAGAUAAUACGUAUACUCGAUCAACCUGAGAAAGACGCUGCCAUGCGAACCAUCAUAUUCCAAUCCGAUGUGCGUGCAAGUGAUCCCGUUGGUGGGUGUUAUCGGAUCAUACGCCAGCUACAGCGCCAAAUCGAAUACACAAAGCUCGAGCUCGACUUCGUUCUUCAUCAGCUCGCCCUGUGUCGAGCCCAAGCUCAAGCUCAAGCUCAAGUUCAGGCUCAUCAACACCAACGCCAGCAGCAAAUGUUAGUGCCGGCCGAGGAUGCUACGGAUUCCACUAGCCAAUAUUGUGACAUGUUUGGUGCCGAUCCUUUGGGUUCGUACGAGCAGUUACACAUAAAUUAUCAUCAUCUACAACCUCAACCUCCUCUCGACCAAUACAUUAUCCAAAAUGACAACAAUGUCGCCUUGCAAGAAGUCGCUACGAAUUCUUGGGGUAUGCAGGGAUCUUCAUCGUCAUCAAUGAUGCCCGUCACAACCAAGCAACAUUCUGCUAAUGACUGCAACGAUUUCAAGCCACUGUUUGAUGGCAUAUCGGAUGAUCCACACGACUUCAGAUUUGAAUCUGAAGAACCGAUUGAUCAUCGCAGCGAUGAGCAAGCAAUGUUAAAAGGUGACCAAGCGGCUCUAAAGGAAGAUGAAAGUUCAUUCCAUUGUGUUAGAGAUCACCAUGAUCUCAAAGUGACUAUGCCACAUCAUUAUCAGGAAACAACCAUCAGCGACUCCUCCUUUCUCCCCUAA